AACCGGAGCGGCUCUCGGGCUUUGUUUUGUGUACGUGAAUGAGCUCCAUCACCUCCUUUGGAAAUGUGGACGGAUAUAAGGCCGUUGCUACUUUUUCAUUUGUUACUCCUGAGGCUUCAUUUAUCCGAAGCAACGGACGAGUGUGAGGAUGGACAGUUUCAGUGCAACAACAAAAGGUGUAUACCGACCAUCUGGAGGUGCGACGACGAUGACGACUGCUCAGACAAUAGUGAUGAAGAAAACUGUCCCAGGAAAACCUGUGCCCCUGCAGAGUUUGCCUGUUUAAAUGGUCAGUGUGUGCCAGGUCGCUGGCGUUGUGACGGAGAACCAGAGUGUCCUGACGGCUCUGACGAGGCAGAGGAGGCCUGUAGCAAACAGACGUGCCCUCCGGAGAAAUUUGACUGUGGGGGAUCCACCAAUAAGUGUGUCUCGUUGUCAUGGAGAUGUGAUGGGGAGAAGGACUGUGAGAAUGGGGCAGAUGAGGAGGACUGUGCAUCUGAUGCCAAAGCCUGCCCCACUGGCGAGUUCACGUGUGCCAAUCGCAAGUGCUUGGCCGCCGUCUAUGUUUGCGACGGUGACAAUGACUGUGGAGAUGGCAGUGAUGAGCUCAAGUGUACCUCUCCUCUGACCUGCGGGCCCAACCACCUCCGCUGUAAUACCUCAGAGUGCGUACCGCUCAUGUGGAGCUGCGACGGAGACCCCGACUGCUCCGACAGUUCGGAUGAGGGGCUGGAGCGCUGUGGUGGGGACGGUGUCCCGUACCUGCCUAACCAUAGGGCAAACUGCACUGCCGGAGAGUUUCGCUGUGCCAACGGCGAGUGUGUGCGUUUGACCUGGAAGUGUGAUGGAGAUCCAGACUGCAAGGACAAGUCUGAUGAGUCUGACUGCCCCCUGUUGACGUGUCGUCCCGAUGAGUUCCAGUGCGGUGAUGGUUCCUGCAUCCACGGCACGAAGCAGUGUAACAAGGUCUAUGACUGUCCUGAUCACAGCGAUGAGUCUGGCUGUGUCAACGCCACCAAAUGUGAGGGACCCCAGAAGUUUCUCUGUAAAAAUGGAGAGUGCAUUGAUAGCUCCAAGGUGUGUGACUCUGUCAAGGACUGCAAGGACAGAUCAGAUGAGCCCAAGAAAGAGUGCGGACUGAAUGAGUGUAUGAUCAACAAUGGCGGCUGCUCGCAUGUCUGCAUGGACCGACCAAUCGGCUUUGAGUGCCAGUGCCCCACCGGCUACCGGUUGCUGGACAAAAAGACUUGUGGAGACAUUGAUGAGUGUGAGAAUCCUGAUGCUUGUAGCCAGAUCUGCAUCAACUACAAGGGGGAUUUUAAAUGUGAAUGCUAUGAAGGGUAUGAGAUGGACCCUGUCACUGAGACCUGCAAGGCAGAGGGAAAGAGCCCUUACUUACUGUUCACCAACCGACAUGAGAUCAGACGUAUCGACCUGGUGAAGAGGGACUACAUCCAGGUGGUGUCUACCCAGAAGAACGCUGUGGCCCUGGACCUGGAUGUGGCCAACAACCGUGUCUUCUGGUGUGAUCGCUUUCACCGGAAAAUCUACAGUGCCUUCAUCCACGAGGCCAGUGACCCCUCCCAGCAGGUGCCACUGGUGGAUUCAUCCCUGCAGACCCCUGUGGGCCUGGCUCUGGACUGGCUCCAACACAACCUGUACUGGACUGACUCUGGGGACAAAUCCAUCUCUGUGGCCUCUGUGGACGGCACCAAGAGGCGUGUCCUCAUCAACACGGAUCUCGGUGAACCCAGAGCCAUAGCGCUGGAUCCCCACCAUGGCUUUAUGUACUGGUCAGACUGGGGCACACGAGCCAGGAUAGAGAAGGCUGGGAUGAAUGGAGUGGACCGACAGGUGCUGGUGGCUGAUAACAUUGAAUGGCCCAAUGGCAUCACUCUAGAUAUAGCCAACAGACGCCUGUACUGGGUGGAUUCAAAACUGCAUCUCAUAGCCAGUGUGGACCUGAAUGGAGCUCACCGCAGAACACACAUGUCGUCUGCAGAGAGACUUGGACACCCCUACGCUCUAGCUGUUUUUGAGGAUCGUAUCUACUGGACAGACAGAGACAGGGCGGCAGUCUUUAUGGUCAACAGGCUGACUGGUCGAGACAUCUCCACCCUGGCUGAAAACCUCAACGACCCCCAUGACAUUGUGGUCUUCCACCAGCUCCGACAGCCACAAGGCCCAGACAGCUGUAAUCUGGGCAGUGUGGCCAAUGGAGGCUGUGAGUAUCUCUGUCUUAAGGCCCCACAGAUCACCGAACACUCACCCAAAUACACCUGCGCCUGCCCUGAUGGACAGGAACUGGGGCCUGAUAUGAGGGGCUGUGUGCCAGCAGCACCAAGAAACAACACAACACAGGCAACCUCACCUCUUGCUGGAUUUACACCUGGCACCAGAGGGACUGCCGCUGAAGAUGCCUCUACACCGCCUGGGGGAGUAUCACACGCUGACACGACCCCCCACUUGACCACAGUGCCCUCUGAUGCCCCUGAGCCGCUCACACCCCUCAGCACGCUCAAACCCGUGACAUCACAGGAGUCAAAGGCACUGGGCUCCCAUUCUACAGCCACCACCAUGGUCAUCUCCACCACACCUGCAGGGGACAGUAGCAUCUCACAACACUCUGGAAGCGAGCAUUUCCUCUUGGGUGAGAACCUGACAGUGGCGGUUUUGGGUGUGGUCAUCCCCAUUGUUCCUAUCAUUGCCACAGUGGUGUUCGGCCUGGUUUGCACCGGCGUCUACCUGGUGUGGCGCAACUGGAGGCACAACUCCACCAAGAGCAUGAACUUUGACAACCCUGUCUACCGCAAGACCACCGGUGAGGGCGAGGAGGAUGAGAUCCACAUCGGACGGACUGACGGUGUGGGGCACCACACCCACCACCACCCGUACCCGCAGGGUGUCAGCAUGGGAGUUAUGGGAGCAGGAGGCGGCACAUGCCCACAGUUCAUCGCUCUGCCACUUGGGGGCAGCAUGCCCGAUCCAGGGACCCACUGGUACACAGAGCAGCCCAUGCUCACCAGUGCAAAGUGAACGAUUAGUGGGCGACUUUUACAGGAGAUGGCCGCUCAGGCACACGCACACACAGCCAGGUCAGAGGUGACUUGUACUGAGUUUGCUGAAGGGGCGAACAACAUAUCAUUAAGUGUACAUGCGGCCAUUCACAGCCAUGUCUUAUGCCAAUUUCCAUUUAACAAGAUGAACACAAUUCUUUAAAAAAGUACAGUAGUUUCAUAUCUUUUCUGCGCUGGAGCUGGAUCUAUUUUUCUCUGAAAAAACACUGAGAAUUAACUACAGAAUUAUUAAUGUGUCAUACUAUGUUCUCAACUCCUGAGUCUGACUGGUAUCUGUUUGCUUUGAUAACUGAGUGAGGUGUGUGUUGUGCGUCUUAUACUGUGUUUUGUGACUGGGCAAGUGAGAAGUCAUGUUUCGUAUUGAUGUAUUAAAUUUGGGCUUUGUGUUAUUCCUGGUGCACUAUGGAGCUCUGGGAGGAGGAGGAGGAGCUCUGAAAGUGGGACAGCGCCUGCGUUGAUGGGACAAUCUGUACAGAUUCAUGUUUCACUCAUAAAUGUCAUUAAUUCUGUCGUUUUGUGUUAGUAACAUGUUCUUGGUGGGCUUUAAAGAAAGGUUACAGCCGUGUUUUGUGAUUUCUCUCUGGUCAGAGGCAGCCUCAAGAGUGAAUUGUCUGACAAGUCAAAGUGCAGUUCAUUACUGUUGGUUGGAGAGGUUAUGUUUUUAUUUGUCCUCUAACAGGCUGGAGCCUAGGGAGAGGUCAGCAGGUUUGCAGGCUGGAAAGAAAGAAAUGGAGACGUACAGUAUUUAUGAGCAGUGGAGUCGUCUUCUUUAUUGUGACUUUUUUAGAUGUUAAGUGGUUUUUAAAAAGUAAUAGACUGCAGCUUUUAGGUAGGCAACAGUGUUACACCGCUGACAGAAAUCCUCAUUAAAAAUUGUAUUUAAUCACCUGCUUUUGACUGUGACAAACAUCCACAAAAAUAACGCCCCAUGUGAAGUGAUAAGGAAUUCAUGCUGUUCUCCGGUGAACAAAGACAGUGUGCACUUUGCCCUCUGAAAACAAAAACAGCAUGUCUGAUUGCUCACCAGCUGAAAGCGCAGCCAGUUUAUUGUUUGAUACAAGAUGCAUACACAUACAUGUUCACAACAGAGAGCCAGAUUCCCUGCCUGCUUUCUUUUGCUCGGAGAUGGACGAUAUCUGAGCAGACAGUUUUGGAUAGUGCCAUGUGGGAGGGCCCAGCUGGCGGCGGCUCGAUGAGAGCGACCUGUCAUAUGAUGUAACCACAAAAAACAAAAGUGAGACUCUGAUGGAAUGAGGUUGAGACCCGUCCUGUUUCAUGCAGGCUUAGUCUUAUUAUUAUCACUGUUACUCCAUUCAUAAACCUUAAGUCUGUGUGUGUGUGUGUGUGUGUGUGUGUCCAUGUGUGUUAUGCAUGUGAGUGCUGAUGUUCAUUCCACGGCCAUAUUUGAGACUUUUUUAUGCUCUUUGUUGCACAACCCUCUUAGAAUGCCUUCUGUAUUGUGUAUUGCAUGGAAGAAAGUGUGUGCUAGUGUGUGAAUACACAGGCGCGUGAGUGUGCAAGUUUACGACACUGAAGCUUUGAGGGUGCUUUUUGAUUCAUUGAUUUGUAAAUAUGUUUUCAUAAGGUUUUUGAUAAUGUACAAUACAAUUAUGUAAAAUAAAAGAUGUACAUAAGAUUUUAGAUAACAUGUUGGCAGGUAUAUUAAUUUAUUUGUAUAUAAAAGAGCACUGCAUUCCCUGAUCGUAACUAAUUCGAAUGAUCCACCAAAGUGGUUUGUGUUGUUUCUUGCUAUACCUCAUUUAGCAUCAUUUUUGUGUGCAAACCUUUCUUUGUCGACCCAUGUAAAACAUGGCGUCCCUCCUGAUUGACUCUCAUAUUUUUGCAACACUUUCCAGCCUUGGUAUCAAUGAGUUUUUAUUUAUCUGUGCCUUUUUGUUUAAUUGCUUCUUUCAUUUUCCUCCAGUAUUUUUCAUGAAAAGGACAGGGAUCAGCCAGCUACUGUACAUGCAAAGAUAAACUGGUUCCACUCUUUCAUUUUCUGUAUUGAAUUACCUUUGAAUAUCUCUAUAUAUUGAUAUAUAAAAUCUGACUGA